AUGAUCUGUAAUUGUUGGAGGAAGACUGGCAUUUUGCUAGAGGAUUUUCUUAGCAAAUUAUUUCUGUAUAAAGAACUUGACCAAGCCAAUGAACCUGAUAUUACUGAUAAUAUUCAGGAAUUGAUUAUACAAUUGCUUCUUGACCAACCCAUGGAUGCACAAGAAUACGUGAUUGCUGACAAUAAUCUUAUCACCACUGAAAUACCAACUGAUGAAAAAAUAAUUGAGGCUGUUAAGAAUUGUGAUUGUAUUGAAUCUGAAGAAGAAAGUCAAUGCAAACCGAUAUUACUUGCAGAAGUCUUAAGAUUUAUCUGUAGGAUUCUAACUUUUCUUGAACAACAGUCCGAUAGUAGCUUUAAUGUUGAUGAUUCUUUUAUUCAGGAUUUAGAAAAAUUACAAAAAAAAGUAAAUUUGAAACAUGUUGCUUCCAAAUAUUAA